UAUUUCCAAUUGACUUUUCAGCUCUUCGUAUUUUAAUUCCCUCAUUCCACCCCUUCCUCUGCUACCUUAGGAAAGGAAGACCAAGGAAAACAUUACCUGCUACGGUUUUGUCUUUUGUUUGAUCUGUAAAAGGGAAAAUAUAGCACUAUCUGGACUAACAGCAUUUUUACAAUUCUAUUAAAAAGCAGCUAGAUCAUGGGUCCACUCACCACAGACAUCUGGUUGUUGUGUGUGUCCCAGUGUUUGGCAGUGGCACUCUCAGGGUCUUCCCCUGUCUUGUAUGGAGAAGUACAGUCACCUGGUUACCCAAAUCCCUACCCUGCCUCUCUCAAUGAAGUGUGGGACCUGGCUGUACCUCAGGGGUUCGCCCUCCAACUCACCUUCCGAUACCUCGAUAUUGAGCCCUCGCAAGAUUGCUACUAUGACUCUCUCACGGUGAUGUCUGGUAAGAAGGUUCUGGGAAGGUUUUGUGGUCAGAAUUCUGCUGAUGAGCAUCACCCUGGCAACAGUCCCAUCCUCUCGCCUAGCAACCAUCUGCGCCUCAUCUUCCAGUCAGACUCCUCCUCUCCUGGGCCUCAUCAGCACAUCGGAUUUAAAGCCUUUUACCAGGCCAUAGAUGUGGAUGACUGUGCGUCACCGUUGCAGGAAGGGGAGGAGCCUCUCUGUCAGCACUAUUGUCACAAUAUCCUGGGAGGAUACCUCUGCUCCUGUCGCCAUGGAUACGAGCUGCAGCCUAACAACAGGACCUGCCAAUAUAAAACCUACGAGGUGUCGAUCCCGGGUCACGCCGAUCUUCUCCUGUGCGGAAGCGAAGCUCCGGCGCCGAUCGUGAGCUCCUCUAACGAGGUGCGGCUGGAAUAUCACACCGACCAGAGAGGAGACAGCCGGGGCUGGAGGCUGGAGUACACCACAGAGCGAGUGCAAUGCCCAUCACCCAGAAGUAUCUCUCAUGGCAGAGUGACCCCACAAUUCACAGAGUAUCGGUUCAGAGAUUACAUCAGAGUCAAGUGUGACACCGGCUACAAGCUGAUGAUGGGAGAGAAGGAGAUCGGGGGAUAUUUCUCCAUGUGUAAGAGUGAUGGACAGUGGCACCUCCCCCUGCCUGAGUGUCGCAUAAUAGACUGUGGGACACCUUCCAACCUGCUAAACGGAGGAGUGCAGUUUCUCUCUGGCUCUCUCAAUCAGUACCAGUCUGUCAUCCAGUAUCACUGCAGCGCGCCUUACUACGUCCUGGAGAGAGGGGUCUCUGACGUGUACAGAUGUGAAGCUCAGGGCUACUGGAGGUCUUUGAAUGACAGUCUGGAUUUGCCAAAAUGUGUUGCAGUGUGUGGAGAGCCCGAGAGCAAGCACUCUGAUUUCGGCCGUAUCUUUGGAGGCAGAGAGGCAGAGCCUGGUCAGAUCCCCUGGCAGGUCUAUGUUAAUGAUCCAAAAGGAGGAGGAUCUCUGAUCUCUGACCGAUGGGUCCUCACAGCUGCUCAUGUGGUUGAGGGCAAGGACAGUCUGCUGAUGUACGGGGGGACAGCGGACAUUGAGAAUAUAGAGAGCUCCAAGAACGCUGUAACUCUGCAGAGUCAGAAGAUCUUCAUCCACCCAGGAUACCUGGAAGACCCUAAAAGUGGAAAACAUAUCAAUUAUGACAAUGAUAUCGCCCUGGUCAAACUGAAAUCCCGCGUACCCCUGGGACCCCAUCUUCUCCCCAUCUGUCUCCCCGAGAGGAAAGAUGAUGGGACUCUUAUUUCCGAAAGACUGGGGUUUGUUUCAGGAUGGGGCAGGACAGAACAUGGCACACUGAGCUCGAAACUGUUGUAUGUUGAGAUCCCUGUGAAGGACAGAGACACCUGCUCUAAGAACAAAGACGGAAAACCACUGGAGCAGAUGUUCACUGAGAACAUGUUCUGUGCUGGUGAGAAGGGCAAAGAUAGCUGCCAUGGGGACAGUGGGGGUCCCUUCUUCCUCCGAGAGUUUCGGAGAGGAGCAGGAGGACAGAUAGAAAGGGGUCCAUUCCGUCUCUAUGGCGUUGUGUCCUGGGGGUUGUACUGUAGGGAAAGGGGUUACUACACUAAAGUGGACAAUUACCUGGGUUGGAUCAGAGAGACCAUGGAAAGAGAGGAGAGGCAUAGCGGAGAAUGAAAAAGACUAAAUUACACCUAAGAGCACAGGAUUUGUAAACAAGUUCAUGAACCAUAUAAUCCAAUGUAAGUUCAAAGCAGAUACUAUCUUUCACUGUAGGCAGGAUAGAGCCAGGAUAGAUCAUAUGUUUGGUUAAACCAAAUGUUUGAAUACAUUAUUAAAGUGAAAUCCAUGGUCCAUAUACGAAUAUAUGAUUAAGAGGCAGGGUGAACGUGGGAGGCCUGUUUUAUGCGCAAGCACAAAAUAAUGCUGUACAAUAAUUCCCAAUGCAAGGAAAUGAAGAAAAAAUGCUGGAUAGGAAGAUGAAAAGUCGUUAUUGAGCAAACUGGGGGAAAAAAUGUAGUGCUUUGGGAGUUUUUGGUUAAAAAUAAAAGGAGCCACUGCUGAAAAGAAAGCUGUUGAUUUUUAG